UAUAUGUGGGAUGCUGCUGUGGCUCUGCCCUCAGAACAAUACAGUGCAACCUCUGUGUAACAACAAUAUGGAUAGUAUCCGCCGUAAUUGCCCUGUUUUAUAGCACACUUUCUUUUGCUUGACGCGGAAAAAAUGUGGAUACCGACUGAACAUGAAAAAUAUGGCGUUGUGCUGGCAAAUUUUCGAGGAAUGGUUCAGCAUGGACUUCCGCUGGAGAUCGGUGACACGGUGCAGAUUUUGGAGAAAUGUGAAGGAUGGUACAGAGGAUUCAUCACAAAGAAUCCAAACGUAAAGGGAAUAUUCCCAAGCUCCUAUAUUCACCUCAAGAAUGCCCACGUCAAGAACAAAGGGCAGUUUGAGACCGUCAUUCCCACCGAGGACUCGGUCAUUACAGAGAUAACUAUGACCUUGAGAGACUGGGGCACCAUGUGGAAGCAGCUCUACAUGAGGAAUGAAGGGGAUCUUUUUCACAGACUGUGGCAUGUGAUGAAUGAGAUACUGGAGCUGCGACAGCAGGUUCUGGUGGGCCACCUCACUCACGACCGCUUGAGUGACAUCAAACAGCACAUCACGACACGGCUGGACUGGGGAAACGAGCAGCUGGGUUUGGAUCUGGUCCCCAGGAGGGACUUCGGCAUGGUGGACCCUGAUGAGAUCAGCAUCACAGAGCUGUAUCGGCUGAUGGAGAGAUGUCAUCGUAGACGCGAGGCUUCCCCACAGGCCAGUAUGCACCACCUGUUCCUUCAGAUGAAGAGCAUGAUGAGUUCAAAUCUGGGGGAGGAGCUGGAAGUCUUCUUCUCAGUCUAUGACAGCAGAGAAAUGCGACCAAUCAGUGAGAGGUUCUUUGUGCGCCUCAAUAAGCAAGGGCUACCAAAGUCUCCAGAGAAGACUGAGAGGCAGUGUACACUCUUUGUUGAUUUGGGAAGUAGCGAUCUUCGCAAAGAUGUGUAUGUUGUAGCUCAUAUUUUUAGAAUAGGGCGAAUGGUCGCAGGUGAGAAGAAGAGCGUGAGUAACACGCAGUACAAGCGUCCAUACGGUUGUGCCGUGAUUAGCGUUGCUGACCUGUUAACAGCUGACUUCAAGGAUGAUCACUUGCUGAAGAUUUACUCAUGUAAUGCAGAAAGUGAGUGGUACCAAAUCCAUGACAGUAUUAUCAGGAAGGUCAGCUCACGAUACAGCCAUAUUGGCUCAAAUACAGGCCUUAAUGUCUCUCUCCAGCUCCUGCAUGGGGAUAUGGAGCAGAUUCGCAAGGAUUACAUGCGUCUUUUCACCCGCAACGUCUCUAUUUCUAAGAGGCUUGGUUUCUCCGAUAUCAUCAUUCCAGGUGAAAUAAGGAACGACCUGUAUGUGACCCUUGAGAGGGGUGAGUUUGAGAAAGGUGGAAAAAGCGUGGCGCGUAAUGUGGAAGUCACCGUCUAUCUGCUGGGAGGUGAUGGGCAACUUCUGAAGGGUCUGGUUUGUUGCGGCUCUGGGGAACCAGGAGUGGAUGAGCACCGCUCUUAUGUCCUGUAUCACAGUAACAGCCCUCGCUGGGCCGAACAGAUCAAACUGCCCAUCCCUCUGGAGAUGUUUCACGGCACACACUUACGCUUCGAGCUCAGGCACUGCUCCACAAAGGAAAAGGGUGAGAAGAAGCUUUUCGGCUUCUCUUUUGUCCCUCUGAUGCAGGACGAUGGGAGACCAUUGCCUGAUGGAACGCAUGAGCUCAUUGUCCACAAGUGUGAAGAGACAGCUGAUCUCCAGGAUCCUGCUCGGUACCUCAAACUGCCAUUUUCCAAAGCCAGCCUCCAGCCGGGCAACAACCAGACAAUAAAGAACAGCAAAGAAUCUUUCUGGAUCCAGUCGUCUCUCUGCUCCACUAAACUCACUCAGAAUGGUGACAUGUUGGACCUGCUGAAAUGGAGAGUCCAUCCGGACAGAAUCAUUGACUGCCUCUCCAAACUGAAGGACAUUGAUGGCACUGAAAUUGUUAAGUUUUUACAGGACACUCUGGACACCUUGUUUGGGAUUUUAGACGAGAGUCCACAGCGGUAUGGACUAAAAGUGUUUGACUGCCUGGUGCAUGUUAUAAAUUUGCUGCAGGACAGCAAAUUCCAGCUCUUCAAACCUGUAGUGGACAACUACAUCGAGAUCCACUUUGCUGGUGCUCUUUCCUACAGGGAUCUGAUCCGUGUGUUGAAGUGGUAUGUGGAUCGUAUCAUUGAUGCCGAGCACCAGGAACAGAUCCAGCAGGUUUUGAAGGCAUCUGAGUACUUGUUUAAGUACAUUGUGCAGUCCAGGCGUCUGUACGUGGCGGCCACGGGAGGCCAGAACGAGGAGGAAUUUUGCUGCUCUGUUCACGAACUCUUCAAGUCCAUCCACCUGUUCCUGUCACAUGAGAGUAAAGGCAUCAGCCCCAUCACACACACACAGGCCGUGUUCCUGAGAUCGUUCCCGACUGUGUGCUGCGAGCUGCUAAAGAUCUUCAGCAUGAGAGAGGUGGCAAAUCUGGCCUGCGACACGCUGAGCAGCCUGCCUGCCCUCACGCACACGGACUGCCCUCUACAGGCCGUCAAACUGCAGUGCAUGGCCAAGACCGUGGAGAGUCCACUUUACGUCAACCCGGAGUCGAGGUGUGUGCUGUUACCUGUAGUGCUGCGUCUGCUGCACACACACCUGCAGGAGCAGAGGGAGCUGGUGCUGUGUGCCAAUAUCCUCACCAGCAUGCUGACGCUCAACACAGCUGCCACGGAGUGUGGUGUGUCUGAGGAGGUGAAUCUGGUCAUGGAGAGUCUGUCUGGAGUGUUACUCAGAACUGUACUGGAAGUGACCAACCGGCCUCAGCCUGCCGCCACAUCGCUGCGCCUGCCGUACCAGGAUGUUACAGGUGAAUUUGUUGCCUGUUUGCUCACAUUGCUGCGGCAGUUGAAAGAUAAAGAAUACCAGCAGCUUCUCAGCAGAUUUCCCACUAAAGAUGAACUAACGAGUUUCCUCCUGCAGUUAUUCACUGUCUUCAGGAUACUUAUCCGACCGGACAUGUUCCCUAAAGACUGGACUGUCAUGAGACUGGUCGCUAAUAAUGUCAUCAUAACCACCAUCUUAUAUCUCUCCGAUACUCUGCGCAACAACUUCCUUAAUGAGAAAUUUGACUUCAAGGUAUGGGAGUCCUAUUUUUAUCUCUGUAUAAUAUUCAUCAACCAGCCCUGCCUCCAACUGGAAAUGUUCCCGCCCUCCAAGAGGAAAAAAGUCCUGGAGAAGUACGGUGACAUGAGAGUGAUGAUUGGCUGUGAGAUUUUCAGCAUGUGGCAGCAUUUGGGUGACUACAAGUUAAAUCUCAUUCCCACCCUGAUUGGUCCGUUCAUGGAGGUGACUCUGGUACCACAGAUGGACCUGAGGAACGUCCUCAUCCCCGUUUUCCACGAUAUGAUGGACUGUGAACAGCGACGGAGCGGCAACUUCAAACAGGUGGAGGCCAAACUAAUAGACAAACUGGAUGGCCUGAUGUCAGAGGGAAAAGGAGAUGAGACAUACAGAGAGCUCUUUAACAACAUAAUUCCACUGUUUGGUCCGUAUCCAAGUCUCCUGAAGAAGAUUGAGAGAGAGACCUGGAGAGAAAGUGGCAUUUCCCACAUCGCUACCGUCACACGGCUAAUGGAGAGAUUAUUAGAUUACAGGGACUGCAUGAAGAUUGGCGAGGUUGAUGGGAAAACAAUGGGAUGUACAGUCAACCUUCUGAACUUCUAUAAAACCGAGUUGAAUAAAGAAGAAAUGUACAUCCGUUAUAUUCACAAGCUCUAUGAGCUGCACCUGAAGGCACAAAAUUACACCGAGGCGUCCUACACUCUUCUGCUGUACGAUGAGCUGUUGGAGUGGACCGAAAGACCUCUCCGAGAGUUCCUCACGUACCCCAUGCAGAGCGAAUGGCAGAGGAAGGAAUGCCUUCAUCUCACCAUCAUACACAAUUUCGACAGAGGAAAAUGCUGGGAAAACUGCAUCAUACUGUGUCGAGAGCUGGCCAAUCAGUACGAAGCGUAUUAUGACUACAGGAACCUCAGCAAGAUGAGGAUGAUGGAAGCCUCUUUCUAUGACAAAAUAAUGAACCAGCAGCGGCUCGAGCCAGAGUUCUUCAGAGUCGGCUUCUACGGAAAGAAGUUCCCCUUCUUUUUAAGGAAUAAAGAGUUUGUGUGUCGAGGGAACGAUUACGAGCGUCUGGAGGCCUUUCAGCAGCGGAUGCUCAGCGAGUUUCCUCACGCCAUCGCAAUGCAGCACGCCAACCUGCCCGACCAGACCAUCCACCAAGCAGACGCGCAGUAUCUGCAGAUCUAUGCCGUUAGUCCUGUCCCUGAAAACCAGGACGUCCUGCAGAGAGACGGAGUCCCCAACAACAUCAAGAGCUUCUACAAAGUCAACCAUAUUUGGAGGUUUCGCUACGACAGGCCUUUUCACAAGGGCACCAAAGACAAAGAGAACGAGUUUAAGGUGGAGAUGACUCCCUUGGAGAACGCCAGUGAGGUGAUUGAAAAUAAGACGCUGCAGUUGAGGACGCUGAUCGCCCAGUGUCAGAUGAGGCAGAUGCUGAACAUCAACCCUCUCACCAUGUGCCUGAACGGAGUCAUCGAUGCCGCUGUCAAUGGAGGACUGGCUCGAUACCAGGAGGCAUUCUUUGCGAAAGAUUACAUGGCAAAUCAUCCAGAGGAUGGAGAGAAAAUUACUCGUCUUAGGGAACUGAUGUUUGAACAGGCCCAUAUUCUGGAAUUUGGUUUAGCCGUGCACGAGAAGUUCGUUCCACAGGAUAUGAAGCCGUUACAUAAAAAGCUUGUCGACCAGUUUCAUGUAAUGCGCUCCAGUCUGGGGAUUCAACCACAAGAGUUUCCCGCUUAUGUGCGAGUUAGUCCUCUGCAUUUUGCAAAUGGCAGCCCGCGCACAUGCAGGACCCCCGUACCUAAUGCCAUCAGCCCAGAGGGAGGCCGAAUCGUGGCAAGACGCAGUCCUCUCAGCUAUCCAGCUGUCAACAGAUAUUCCUCAUCCUCACUGUCAUCACAGGCCUCAAAUGAAGUGAGCAACAUCACCGGCCAAUCAGAGAGCUCGGAUGAGGUCUUCAACAUGCAACCCAGUCCGUCUACCUCAAGUCUGAGCUCAAAUCACUCUGGCUCACAGAAUGUGAACAGCUCUGCGCCCUCCAGCAAUAGAGCUUCUCCACUGCCGUCUGACAAGCACAAGCACUCCAGAGACAACGCCUGCCUCUCUCCACGGGACAGACUCUGCAGCGGCAUUUUCCCCAGCCCACUGGACCCCACACAGAAAAUGACUACCGACAACCCCAGCCUGACCGGCAAACCUCAGCUGAACCGCGUGCAGCGCAUUAAUUCGGAGCCCCGUCACCGGCCCACACCCAGGAAGGUCUCUCAGCUGUAGCGCGUCAGCGGUAACUUGGACUACGUCGCAUUUUUUGCAGCCGUUUACUGUAAAAUAACUGUAGGUUAUGUAUCAUAAUUGGCAAUGUUUUCAAAUGCAAGGAGGUGCAUUUUUUGUGGAGG